UAAGUAGGCGGUGGCUUGAGUAAGCCACACCUGUUUCAAUGCCGAAAUUAAAAAGUUUAAAUGUAUCUCGCAAAUUCAAAGUCUGAAGCUGCUGCACUAGUUCAGAGCUGGUUAGCACAGAAUACACUGCUAGAGGAACCGAGUAACCAUGGCAACCCGACCACUUACCGCCCCCAAUACCACCCACGCAACUCACCAGAAAGAGAUCACGUGACUGGAGACUACGUCAGCCAAUUGAACUGGACAGAAGGUCACGUGACAGACGACGUCCAAUUGGCAUUGAGUGGUCUCCGAGAUACAAAGAUAGUUUUAACAAAUGUACCAGAUCGCCCCCGGGGGGACGACCCCCUCAUGAAUAUGAAAAUGAGACAUGAACUUGUACGAAAGAGACGGAGGGAGAGGGACCACGCCCACUCACUGGCAUUAAGAGAAGAGAGAAGACAAGAAGAGAUAAAGAGAAGAGCAAGAGAACUGAUGAGGGUAGAGGAGGAGGAACGGAGAGCAAGGGAGAAGAGAGAGGAGAAGGAGAUACAGGAACACGUUAGAAUUAUCAGAAAACAACUAAAAGAACAACAAGAGAAAGAAAAAGUCGUGAGGUUGUUACUAGAGAAAGAAGAAAAAGAGAGAGGAUCCUCUGGACUAAUGAAGGGAGAGAAUACAGUGGAGGGGGAGGAGGAGGAGAAGGACUGUAAAGGAGAAAUGAGAAUUGGGAGAGAGUGGAGGGAGGGAACAGGAGAGAAAGAGAGUAAGAGGAGCUGUAGGAAGAGGGACACGGCCUUGACUAGGAGGAUAUUACUGAAGCAGUUAGCAGAAGCUGAGACUAACGAUAAUAAAAAUAAUCUUAUGCUCCUAAGACAGUGUUUUGUGGUGUGGUAUGAGCUUAUAUCGGAGCAGCUGGUAUUGAAGAGGAAAGUUCAAGUGAUUGGAGACUGGAGGAUACUCUCUCGUUAUUGGAGGAGGUGGAGGAACUUAAUAAAAGAAAAUAAAACUAAGAAACUAGCAAUGAAGGAAAUUGAACGAUUGAGGAAAGAGAAGCAGGUAACUGAAUUAGCUGAUACUCAUUAUAAAUCUCAUUUGUUGUGGAAGUGUCUCGUUUCAUGGAGGGGUGUGGUUACUGCCGCUAAACUGUACAAGACUCAAAGUCACGAGAAAAAAAUAUCAAAUUUUCUUGAGUCAUUGACAACUUCAAAUUCCGUUGAGGAAGAAUGCUCCUUUAGUGAAAAACCCAACAAUCUACCAGCAAAAGGAAAGGAAAAACCGUUAGGGGGUAAUGAAAGGAGGAGUGAUCUUUCAAAAGGGGUGUGGUCAACUGCAAGAGCUCACUUGGACAAGGUACUGAUGGAAGGAACAAGAAGAGCAAAUGAAAAAAUAAAAGAAAAUAAAGAAGUAAAUGGACUCAAUAAUUUGCAGUCUCAUUCCAGUACCAAAGUAUUAGCUCAGGAACAAAAACAUAAAACGAAAUUAACGUCACCAGCUAAACAACCAGCACUACUGAAAAAAAUGGAAGAGCGAGCAGCAUUGAUGUCAGAGAGAAAGUUGGCCAGAGAAGAAAGAAGAAAAAGAAGAGAACAAGAAAUAAAAGAGGAAAUGGAAGCUCGUGAGAGAGAGAGACAGAGAGAGGAAAGAGAGCUAAAGAAAGCUGAAGCUUUGAAGAAACUAGAAGAGAAACGACAAGCGGAAGAGAAGGAAAGAGAACGUCAACUAAAAGCGGAGAACUUUGCAAAACUAAAAACCAAAGCUGAGUCUCAUUAUCAAAAACAACUACUCCGUCACUUUGGGAUGAAUCCCUGGAUUAAAUUCAAUAUGGGCAUGAAAAAGGCGUGGCAAAUAGGUGUGGCUUAUAAUGAAAAACACGUCGUGUUGACGGCAAUGAUUGUUUGGAGAAGGAAGACUAAUGAACUGAUUAAGAUGAAGAAUGAUAAAGCAGAUUCCUUUUUAAGACUCAAGACUCAACAAUAUGUGUUAAAUGCAUGGAGGGAGUAUGUUAAACAUCAAAAUGAGUUGAUGGUUCUUGCUGUGUCAUCAAGGAAGAGGAUACUCAAGCGUAAGGUUCUUCUCAGUUGGGAGAGAGUAACAAGAGAAGAGAGAGUAUCAUACUGGGAGAGAGAGAGGAAGGCAAGGAAGCAUCAUGAGAGGAGUUUGAUGGUAUCAGUCCUGUCGUCAUGGCGAUCAUAUGUUCCUCUUUCUCUAGCAGAGAAGGAGCAGGAGGUAAGGAGAGCAGAGCUGAGGAGGAAAGUAUCACAAUGGCUGCCGGACUAUCAACCAAUCAAAUUAUCCGAGCAAUGAGCCCAACCCACCCAAUUCUCAUUAAUAAUGUUACAAUAAAAUAUUUUUGUUAAUUAUUAUUAUUAUUA